AUGCCUCCCGCUGACGGAUAUGGCACCCUGAAUGGCGACGACUCUUCUCGUGAUGUUUCCGCCGGAGAAGUCUCGAAUAAUGAAAGUGACGCGUUACUGGGCAAGCGGGCAGUCGUUGCUUCUUGGGAGGGCUUCCGCCAGUACAUGUUGGACGACAUUGACAGAAGAUGGGCCGACCUUCUGCUUCUGUUGUCAUACGUGAUCACAGGCUUGCUCGACAGCUCGGCGGUCUUCAUUUGGGGCUCAUUUGUGAGCAUGCAAACCGGCAACACCGUUUACCUGGGAUUGGGACUGGUUGAGCCAACCAAAGGCACAAGAUGGAUACGGUCCAUGACCUCGAUUGGCUUCUUCUGCUUCGGCUCGUUUUGUUUCAGUCGCUUCCAUCGCUACUUCUCACCCAAACGCCGCUGGGUCCUCCUGGCCUCGUUCACGACACAGUUACUGCUGGUUGUUACUGCGGGUAUCAUCGUCGUGGUGGACAGCGGGAGUGACAGCGACCUGCGUUGGGAGGUUCUAGUUCCCCUGGCACUGGUGGCAUUCCAGAGCAGUGGGCAGGCGGUGACAAGUCGAGCUUUGGGGUAUAACAGCCUUACCAGUGUCGUCCUGACGAGCAUUUACUGCGACCUCUUCUCCGAUCCUCUGCUCAUGGCGGGCAUCAUGCGGAACCCUGAAAGAAACCGCAGGGCAGCAGCUCCACUACUUCUGCUGGCUGGUGCAAUCUUUGGAGGUAUGUGGGCUCAUAGUGCCGUUGGUCUCGCUGGAGCAUUGUGGACAGCAGCCGGCUUGAAGUUCACGAUCAUGCUGGCAUUUCUCUUAUGGAGGAAAGAUCCGAAGACAACGCAGACCUGA